UUCUGGAUUAAAAAAUAAAAAUUCUUACAUUCAAAGAAAUUUUUCAGAUCAUAAGUGGAGUUUCUAGAGAGACAGAGAGAGGGAAGAAAUCUAUGGCUAAUUGUAGCAUCAGAGCUAUAUGGAUCCUUAAUAAUCAAGAUACAGUCGUCUUCAAUAGGUAUUUUUAAAACCCUUUCUCCCUCUCCCUCUCUAUCUCUUUCUAUUCAGAUCAUAAGUGGAGUUUCUAGAGAGACAGAGAGAGGGAAGAAAUCUAUGGCUAAUUGUAGCAUCAGAGCUAUAUGGAUCCUUAAUAAUCAAGAUACAGUCGUCUUCAAUAGGAGAUUUUCUGUGGUGGAGAGACGAUGGAGAUUAGCUUGUAAAAGAGAAAAUGAAAAUUCUAAUGGUGAUAAUAAACAAAUAUCACCAUCACUUCCUGAUGAUUCCGAGUUUACUACUGCAUUCAUCGAGAGAAAGAAGAGAGAGGGUUCAUCCCGUGGUUUUGGCUUUCGCGUUGUUCAGUCCAGCGAAGGAUCAGACUCAUGGGUAGAUGAUCCGAUUACACACCAUAUAAUUAGCCUUCAUAUUAAUAAAGAAGAAGAGGAAGGAGAAAAAUACUUCCUAUGGCCAUUGGUUUUGCACAUAAGGAACCCUUAUUGCAUUCUUAUAUUACCUUUAGUUGAGCCCAGACAUUUGAAAUCUUAUGAAAGGAUGUGUAACAGAUCCGAUUGUGGGAGUUGUAUUAGAGAAGAGGAAAGUCUACCUUCACUGCUGCUUGAUCUUCCAUGCAUCACAGGGUCAUUUAUGGUGGCACAUACAAUUGGAGAUGUAAUAACUGGUGAUUCUGUGGAACCUGAGGUACUUGCAAGUGUAGCUCCCUCAGUUGGUGGGUUACUAGAUUCAUUAACUGGUAGUAUAGGAAUUCCGAGCAUGACCGCAAGGGCAAAGCCGGUAGCUGCCCCAGUUGCAGUUCCAAACUCGUCAGGUGGUAUAUCUGGAGGUGCUACAUCAGACGCUUCAAAAAUUAGCUCGAGGCUUGCUGACCGAGAUGCACUUUGUACAUUCAUUAGUAGCGCAAUGCCAUUUGGGACACCCUUGGACCUCAACUAUUCAAAUAUUUCUGCUGUUAAAGUGAAUGGCUUUUCUUCUACGGAUACACCUCUCGUAGACAUGAAGCAACCAGCUUGGAAGCCGUACCUUUACAGAGGGAAGCAGAGAAUACUGUUCACAAUUCAUGAAACAGUUUAUGCUUCGAUGUAUGAUCGGGAUGACAUCCCAGAUUCCAUAUCAGUUUCAGGUCAGGUGAACUGCCGGGCAGAGUUGGAAGGACUACCUGAUGUUUCUUUACCUUUGAAUGGGUUGAGUACAUCCCACCUAGAGGUUUUAUCGUUUCACCCAUGUGCACAAAUUUCGGAGCACGGUGUAGAUAAACAAGCAAUGAUGUUUUCUCCACCAGUUGGAAAUUUCAUUUUGAUACGCUAUCAAGGUUUUUGUGGUCUUGGACCUCCGGUUAAAGGGUUUUACCAGCUUUCCAUGGUGUCAGAAGAUGAAGGUGCAUUUUUGUUUAAGUUGCGCCUGAUGGAAGGUUACAAGUCUCCCAUAACAAUGGAAUAUUGUACUCUUACAAUGCCCUUCCCUAGAAGAAAAAUUAUAUCUUUUGAUGGAAAUCCUUCUAUUGGGACCAUAUCAACAACAGAGAAUUCAGUUGAAUGGAAGAUCGUAACAAUUGGACGUGGUAUCAGUGGGAAAAGUAUUGAAGCAACCUUUCCUGGAACAAUCAAGUUUGCUCCAAAGACAAUUCAAAAGCUUUCAGCCUUGUCUAGACCAGCUCAUGGACUUAUUACUGAAGAUGACAGUGACGAAGAGUCAGAAAAUAUUAACAAUAUUGCAAACAUAGAAGACUUCUUAUUGGAGAAAAUGAACAAGGACCUCCCUCCAGUUGAUUUAGAGGAGCCGUUUUGUUGGCAGUCAUAUAAUUAUGCAAGGGUGUCUUUCAAGAUCUCGGGGGCAACAAUGUCAGGAAUGUCGAUUGAUCCAAAAUCUGUAACUGUGUAUCCAACUGUGAAGGCACCAGUGGAGUUCACAACUCAGGUUUCAUCUGGAGAUUACAUCUUGUGGAACACUUUAGGUAAAUGCCCAUUUGUUGCUACUGCUCCAAGGGAACAACUACAGCAACAGCAAAAAUAGGAAAAUUCAUUAUGUUUGUAAUGUAAUUUAUUAGCAUAAGAGAUAUCCUAUUAUGUUUUACCUUCUGUACUAUGGAAUCGACCUUGUUGGCUGUGUUUUAAAGAGUGGUAGUACUAAAAUAAGAUGCCGUUAUUUUCUGUAUUGAGAUGAAAUAUUACAAAGGGUUGAUCCCCGAGUUUUAUGUAAAAUGCCUUCAUUGCAAACAAUAGUAUUGCCUUAUCAAGGAACGACAAUCUUUUAUCUU